AUGGACAUAAAUUGCAAUGUUCUCUUUGUUGCAAUUUUCAUUCUGUUUUAUACUUCACUUGCUAAUAUUAGUACUGAUGAAGCUGCUCUUCUUUCUCUGAAAUCACACAUUUCUUUUCAUCCUAACAAUAUCUUAGCAAGCAACUGGUCUUCUUCCACCCCGGUUUGCAGCUGGAUUGGAAUCACUUGCAGCUCCCGCCACAAUCGAGUCACUGCUUUAGACAUUUCUAGCAUGCAACUUCAUGGUACCAUUCCUCCACACAUCGGAAACCUCUCAUUUCUUUCUUUCCUUGACAUCAGUAACAACACUUUUCAUGGAGAUUUGCCACAAGAGUUGGCUCAUUUGCAGAGGUUGAAAUUGAUUGAUGUCACAAGCAAUAACUUCACCGGAGCCAUUCCAUCAUUUUUAAGUUUGUUACCAAAAAUACGCUUUGUGUACCUAUCGAGCAACCAAUUUUUGGGAGAAAUUCCAUCUUCCCUUUCCAAUCUAACAAAGUUGCAAGUGUUGAGAAUGCAAAAUAAUUUUCUUCAAGGAGAGAUCCCUCGGGAACUCAGUGAUCUUCGUUACUUGACUAUCCUAGACCUGCAAAUUAAUCAGCUUACUGGCUCUAUACCGUCAUCAAUCUUUAACAUUACUACAAUGCAAGUAAUUGCUCUUACAAAGAACAAUCUUACUGGUAAGCUUCCAACAACUAUAUGUGAUCAUCUUCCAAACAUGGAAGGGCUUUACCUCCAAAGAAACUCCCUAGAUGGAGUUAUUCCACCAAACCUGGAGAAAUGCAGAAAGCUUCAAAUAUUGGGAUUGGGUUAUAAUGAGUUUAUUGGAACUGUACCAAGAGAGCUGGCCAACUUAACAGCUCUUACAACAUUAGCAAUGGCAGCUCUGCAUUUGGAAGGAGAGAUACCAAUGGAGCUAGGUGAUCUUACGGAACUUAAAACAUUAGAAUUAUCACAGAAUGAGCUUACUGGCUCUUUCCCUGACAGCAUUUUCAACAUGUCAGCACUGCAGACUAUAGAUUUUGAACUAAACAAGCUUUCAGGUACUCUACCUUCAGAUUUAGGUCGUGGAAUGCCCAACCUAAAAGCAAUUUUUUGUGGAGGAAAUAAUCUGAGUGGUUUUAUCUCUGAUUCAAUCUCUAAUUCUUCAAGACUCACAAUGUUUGACCUCUCAGAAAACAGUUUCACAGGUCCAAUUCCUAAAUCACUUGGUAACUUAGAAUACCUUGAGCAUAUGAACUUGGAGAGAAAUAAUUUUAUUAGUGAUCCAUCAUUGAGUUUCCUGACAUCAUUAACAAACUGUAGGAAACUACGCGUACUCGCGUUAGGUUAUAGUCCGUUGGAUGGUGUUUUGCCUGCAUCUGUUGGUAAUUUCUCAAACUCCUUGCAAAGAUUUGUACACCAGCUUGUAAACUGA